GACACCCUCUAACUUGCGCUGCGUCUCUGAGCAAUGGAUAGGCUCACCUCAGCUCAAGCUCAAGCUCUUUUCGAGGCUGGAGGCUUUAUCAUCAUAUCUGAUCUCCCGCAAGGUAGCGAAUUCGGCAUUGAUGGAACAUACCAUGUCACUCGUCGAUUCUCAGGGAUAAAAUUCUUGCCUCCUGGUCUCCACCUGAUCACUUGGUCUCCUCCUCCCUCAUCUACACCUGGACCAUCUACCAUUCCCAUUAAAUCUGCUCUCCUUCGAAUAACAAAACCAAAAGAACGGCUCGUUUUAUCCUAUGACACCGCUACAGAGUCGAUAGCUACGCAGGACACCGAUCAGGUAUCGAUCAUAUCGGAUGAUCAUGUUCGGACGUUGGACCCAGAGCUGGCACCGUACCCAUUUAACAAUUCAGAAAAAUGGUCCCAGUUGACCAAUCUGAUCGAUGAACGUAUCCUGGAUGAAGUCGUAGGUCCUGAUGGACGCGUUGAUGGAAUCAUGUUGGUAGAUGGAGAGGAGGAUGAAUUGGGAGAGCUGAAGAAAGCAUCACUGCGGAACGGGAAACCCUUAUUGGAUGCCUCGAAGGGAGAAAUUAAGCGAUUGACAUUCCCCAAAUUCGACUUGAGGCGGAGCUGGAGAUCAGGAGCUGUUGGUGACGAAGUCACAAGAUACUCUCAGGACAAGAGCUGGCUCAUGGGGGAGCUCAUCAAAAAGAAGUUCGACAAUAAAUAUAUGAGGAUCCUAUCCUACCUGCAGCUCUCCUUUGUCCUCCUACUCCACCUCUCAUCAUAUUCAUGCCUCAUGGUGUACAAGCGGUUCUUCGCCCUUCUCACACGCUCAGCAGAUUUACUUCAAUCACCAUCCUCCUACAUAGAUACUGGAACGACGAAUGAUUUGGCAUCUCUAUACACGGCUUUCCUUCGAAGCCUGACUGCUCAAUUCGACGCCUUACCUGAGACGAUCUUCGAAAGCGAGCUGCCGGAGAUGGACCUCUUUUUCCUAGAUGAGUUAGAGUACCUACGUGGUAAUCUUGGAUCCGGAAUGGUGGAUUGGAUAGCAGACGAUCGUGCACGGAUACAAGAGGCUUGGAAGCUCUUACAAGGGGUCGUGGUUAAGUGGAGAUGGGAUCUCAAACCCAUCGUUGUUGGAGAAGCCGUCGAUGACGACGACGAUAUUGAGGACGGCGAAUACGCCCCAGUAGUCGUCGAGGAAUAAUCAAGCGGGAUAGCUAUCCUUUUUUGCCAGAUCCAGCAUAGGCUUG